AUGCCGUUGGUGCUGGAGGUUCUUUGUGGGAGACACUUCUUUGUGCAGAACCCAAAUUGCUUCUGCAAGUUCACUUAUGGCGGUCAGGAAUACAGCACAGACGCAGACCAGGGGGCUACGAAUCCAAAGUGGCAGAAGAACAAGUUUCAGGUGGAGUAUACAGGCGGCACUCUUGAGAUUGACUUCGAAGUGAUGAACCGCUUGAGCCGACAGGAGAGCAUCAAGAUUGCCUCUGUGACCAUUCAAUGGCAUCACUUUCUACCUGGCUUGCGGAAGGUGGAGGAUUACAUCAUGGCGACGAGAGAGGAGGGCGUCAAGGAGACGGCCGCGAUCCGGGUGGCCGCCACGCUGAUCCCGGAGGGGAUCACCGGAGAACCGGCCAGGGAGAAGCCCAAUUGCAAAGGGCUCUUCAUCGGGUGUAGCUAUCCCAAGACCUCCAUGGCGUUGGGACACUGUGCCGAAGAUGCCUACAAGAUCAAGGAAUAUCUCUGCGAGAAGUGGGGAUUCAUCAAUGAUUCGGAGCAUGUGAGGGUUCUCAUGGAUCUGGGCGACACCUCUGAAAGCACCAUGCCAACGAAGAGCAACAUCCGAGACUCCAUCAGCUGGCUGGUGCAUGAGGCAGUGCCAGGAGACAGCCUUUUGUUCUUCUUCAGUGGCCAUGGAACACAAGUACCCAACUUCCAGGACGACGAGAAGGACGGCAAGAACGAGGCCAUCGUGCCAGUGGACGUGGAUGAGUCGGGGCCGCUGAUCGACGACGAGUUGCACGAGCUCUUGGUGAAGCCCUUAGCUGCCGGGGUGCGCUUGACCUGUUUGUUAGACUGCUGCCAUGCGGGCACUGGACUGGAUCUGGCUUAUCGAUGGAGCCCCUACAUGGAAAAGGGCACCAAGGAGGAAUGGGAGGGGAAAUGGCAAGUGGACAAGGGGGGCUUUUAUGCCGAUGCGGACGUGAUUUGUAUCUCUGGAUGUGAUGAUAAUCAAGUGUCCGUGGGCAAUGACGCCUUAGCGAUGGGCCCUGCCAGUCCCAUGCAAGCGGGAUUUCCCGUGGGAAUGUUUCUGGCCUCCUUCUGUGUCGCGUUAGAAGUGCAUGAGACGCAGUGCAAAAUGAAUUGGAUGGAAAUGAUGGACAUCGUGAUGCAGGACUUCCACUUCAAGCAAGAGCCGCAACUCUCCAGUAGCCAACGCUUCGAUCUCCAUCGUGAGUUCAGCUUCCACGACAGCAUCCCCAACAGCAACGAACGCACGGGUGCCGUGGGUCGUGAGGCGGCCGAGGCGGAGGGUGGGUCGCUCUACCGGGCGCGGAAUUUGUUGGCCACGGAGGACUUCGCGGCCACGAAUGCCUGUCAAAUGAUGCAGGCCUUGGGUGUCGUCCGACCGGAGGACCUCGAAGACUUGAAGAAGCAUGGCCAAUGGCCGCCCCCCCAGGUGUCGUUGGAGGAGUUACAAGAGAUCAAGCUCACGAAGAGGAUGGCACGUUGGGCCGAACCGGGCAUGAUGGUCGUGCCGAAGCGGCCGUGA